GCGGAGGAUGGGCUACCGGUGGGUAUACUGGACCCGCUACCUCGGACCCCACACGUCUUCGAGGAGCAGGUGAAGUGGCCGCUCGAGAAUCCCUGUGGGAGGCGGCAGUUCCUGGAACGCUAUGGUGAGCACACCGCCAUCGCGGCGCUAGCCGUUAUCGUGGAGGAAGGCGAGACGGCCUUCUCCGUUGUGGGCGACAUCGCUAAAUCCCACCGUCGCUACAAGCAUAAGGAGCAUGGCUACCUGGCCUGCCAGGUCGACACUAAGGAAGAGGUCCCCGGCGACCCCGCUAGCCAGACCGUCUACGUCAACCUGGUGGGGGCCUUUGGGCUCUCCUGCGCUGGCUGCUCGUCAACACGCAUAGCGGCCUGUGGGCUCAGACUAACCUACCACUUGCUUGGCCCAGACUUCCCGCUAGACCUUCUCCUCUAUGCCGACGACCUGGAGGCCAUGGGGAAGGGCCCGCGUGGGCGAAGGGGCAUCUCCCUGACCUACCUCUUCCUCGCGACCCUCGGCUAUCCCUUCAAGUGGGCUAAGACCCGACGCGGCUUUAGGGUCGAGUGGCUAGGGAUGGAGACCGAGUACCCCACCUACAAGCUAGGCCUCUCCCUGGUUGGUCGAGGCUCCGCCUGCUAG